AUGAAAGUCAAGAGAGUUAAACGCGCGGCUAAAAUCUUGAACUUCUAUAAACAUCAUUAUAAAAUCGCAGCUCCAUUCAAAAUACUAGUCGAUGGUACAUUUUGUAUGGCAGCUUUGAUCAACAAACUUAAUUUACGAGAACAACUUUCAAAGUAUUUAGGAGGCGAAACUCAUGUUGUGACCACACGAUGCGUUAUGCAAGAGCUCGAACAAAUUGGACCUGAUGUUUAUGGAGCUCUUGCCCUAUGCCGUCAUUUCGAUGUAGUCCAUUGUCCUCAUACACCUUUCAAAGGUGCUAAUGAUUGUUUUAUCCGUCUUGCUAAAAAAGCAAAAACAAAAGGAACGAAAUUCAUCUACGCCACACAAGAUCCAGAACUUACCGAAAAGAUUCAUUCCGUCCCAGGUGCUCCAGUUAUAUAUAUCAAUGGUACUUCAAUCAUUCUCCAGAAGCCAUCAGAGGUCUCAGUGAAUGAAGCGAAAGCAGAGGACCCAGAAAUAGCGAAAUUGACCGACUUAAAAAGAACGGUCUUAGGAGAAGUGGAGAAAAUAAAAAAAGUCAAAAAGCUUAGGGGUGUCAAUCCACUUUCCUGCAAGAAGAAGAAGAUGAAGGCUAACGUUCCUGUCACAUUCGCAGGUGUAUCAUCCAAAACAAUGAACGGGAAAAGAAGAAGGAAGAAGUUGGAAAAAGAAGAAAGAGCCUUAUUGGGAGACAAGUAUGAGUCAGCUCGUCAAAUGAGCAAAGGUGUUCACAACUUGAUGUUCGAUCACAGUUAA